AUGGACCUGAGGCGGCAAUGCGCUGCUAAUGAGAAAUUCUGCAUUUCGACCGUAACAAAUCUCAAUGGAUUUUUCGUCACAAUAGAUAGGGAUUGCGCCGCGUUCUGCAAAGAAGGAUGUGAAGAACAUGGUUACGGACUUUUCUAUACGCAGUGCACUCGAUGCUGUAAUGAUCCUCUCUGCAACGACUACGAUGGAGCUCACUAUUAUCGUCCAAAGAGUUCGAAGCGCUUAGCCAACUGGUUUCUCUUAGGAACAGCAAUCUUCUCAAUUCUUUAG